AUGUCUAUUGAUGAUACGCCUAUUACCCUUUGGUGUCUUGAAUAUGGAAGUAGUUCCUUCUCCGUUACUAUUAAAAAUAAUAAUUCUAUUUUUGAUCUAAAAAAAGCUAUCUUCGAGGAAAUUAGUGUACCUGACAACGUAAAAACUAAAAACCUUAGUUUAUGGAGUGUUAAUGUUGAGAAAAGUCAGUUGGAGAGUAACACCCCUGAUGGUUUAAUGACUGUUGAAAAUGAAAUAAAAAUCGCAACGCAAAAAGUUGGCAACACAUUCUAUAGAGUUCAAGAUAAUAACAUUCGAGUUGUCAUUAGAGUUCCUGUUACCGCCGAUAUACACUACCAAUAUUACCAAUUAAGGGUAAUUCCUAUUAAUAACGGCACAUGGAUCAAUUUUGUUGGAUUAUUUGAAGGCCUUCAAAAACUUUUCGGUCUUAUAAACUCAAUGGUGGAUUAUGACUUUAUUAUUGUGAAUAAAAAAGUAAAAUUCAACUCUAAAAAAGCCUUCAUUGAAUUCAUUGAAAUUAAUAAAAAUUCACCUAAAAGUCCUAUUAUGAUAUUAGAUAUAAAAGAAAUUCUAGAUACUUUAUCAACACUAUCAAAACUUGGAGAACCUUCAGAAUGGCAUUUUAAUAACCACAAUAAAGCUAUUUGUCUCAAUCACCGCCCGCCAUCAGCUUCUAGCAUUGUACCUGUUACCCUUUAUUGUUCAAUUUUUGGCACAUUUGAAGAUCGCUGUGAGGAAGACCCAGAACGCGAGGACAACCUUUUCACCUAUAAUUUUUGUCGUGAGAUGGCUAAAUUUUAUGACAAAGAAGAUGUGCGUCGAGAUAUAGCAAAUAGUUUAUUGUCAAAAUAUCUUUAUUGCAAAGUAGAACCAGUUAUGCUUGGCGGAAAUCGAAAUACUGAUGGCAAGGUCUCUACUGACGAUUUAAAUCGUGAACUUAACGUUAAAUACAAAAACGAGACAUGUUCGACCAAUUCCUGUGCUCAUCUCGAAAACUAUGGAUACUAUUUGUCAUUUUGCAAGAAUCAGGAAAAUACUAAUACUAAUAUGCCAUAUUUCUUGGUUAAUAUUGCAGGACCCACGUUCACUGUAUACGGUGCUGUGCUUUCAGAUACUGCUAUAGUGGAUCCUCUUACCCCGACCUACUACCUUAUUUGGCUCAAGAAUAAUGAAAAGAUGAUGUUGUUACUUUCUAGAGCAUUUUGUGCUUUGAGGUUAUCUCUUCAAGAACUAGAACAGUAUUAUAAAAAUGCAUCUCAAAUUUACCACCGUCAAUAUUCUUCAUUUUCUGAUUUGACCGAAGUACAAGAACAUUCAGUGUACGUGAAAGCUGUUCAGAGAAAAUAUUACUCACUUCAAACGCACAAUUUUUUACAUACGAAUAGAGAUCAUGUUCCAAAAAUCAUAGAGACCACAUAUAUGCCUGGAGGUUGGCUUUUGGUUUAUAUGAGUUGUCUGCAAAAUCAUAGUGGUCCAAAUUUACAUGAUAAUGAUUAUGUGCAUAGAGACUUACGCGAGGGCAACAUUUUAGUUUGUCGAUAUAGUGAAAGAGAAUGUGGUUUUGAUGUGAAGCUAAUCGAUUUUGAAUGGUCAGGACUUGUUAGAAUUGCAUGUUAUUUUCAUUUUAUGAAUCAUAUCGCUAUUCAUUGGCCAGAAGGGGUAGAGGAUAGAAAGAAAGUCACAAAGAAACAUGACAACACCAUGUUGGAGCAGACUUUUCAGAAAACAAAAUUGUCGCAAGAAUCAAAUGUGUCUGACAUGUCGAUUGGACAGUGA